ACUCCAUGCAAUCCUUCUUUGUUGAAAUGCUAACCUGUACUCCACUCUCUCCUUGUGUUCCCCAUAUAUACCUCGCCACUCUCCUUCUCUCCUCAUUCUUUGCAAAAGAUGGCUAUCUUUCUAUGCUUCCUCUUCUUCCUCAUCUCCUCUGCAACUGCCUGCGAUCGCUGUGUGCACCACACCAAGGUUGCUUACUUCUCCAAAGCCUCAGCACUCUCAUCUGGGGCUUGUGGGUAUGGCUCAUUGGCGUUAGGCUUCUAUGGUGGGCACCUUGCAGCUGGUGUUCCCUCACUGUUCAAAGAUGGAGCUGGCUGUGGUGCAUGUUUUCAGAUAAGAUGCAAGAACACCACUCUCUGCAGCAGAGCAGGGACUACUGUGAUAUUAACUGAUCUCAAUCGCAACAACCAAACAGACUUUGUUCUCAGCAGCAGAGCUUUCACGGCCAUGGCCAACAAGGGCAUGGGCCAACAGAUUCUCAAGCUUGGGCUUGUGGACGUCGAAUACAAGAGGGUGCUAUGCAAUUACAAUAAACAGAAUUUAGCGAUUCGGGUGGAAGAAAUGAGCCAAAAGCCACAUUAUCUAGCAAUUAAAGUUCUGUACCAAGGUGGACAGACAGAAAUUGUGGGCAUGGAUGUAGCUCAGGUUGAUUCAUCAAGAUGGACCUACAUGACAAGAAACUAUGGCGCAAUUUGGGACACCAGUAAUGUCCCAUCUGGGCCACUGCAACUCAGGUUUGUAGUCACGGGCGGGUACGAUGGAAAGUGGGUUUGGGCAAAGAAGGUGCUUCCUGCUGAUUGGAAAGUUGGGGAGACCUAUGAUGCUGGAGUUCAGAUCAGUGAUAUAGCACAGGAGCCUUGUUAUCCCUGCGACAACGAAAACUGGAAAUGAGGGACUUGCUGUUAUUUAUGUGAAUACACCAUAGUUCUUUGUCAAUGAUUCCUUGAACACACACAGGCUUAUAUGAAGCAGAGCAUUAGAUUAUUUGAGAAUAGAAUUGGAAGAAGACUCUUUGUUACUACAUCAACUUGAUAUUUGACACUUUCUCUACAUUAAUAAAAAAUUUUCGUUUCUAUC